AUGAGGAAAAAAAAGAAGCUGGAUACAAUGACUCAGUUAAGCAGCUUGGACGAAGCGGCGAAGUACAUUAAGAAGCUCAAGGAAAGGGUUGAUGACCUACAGCAAAGGAGGAGCUAUGUGCAGACCAUAGAUGCCUUAAGAGGUUUUGGUUGUGUCUCAGUGCCCACCACCACCACCAUGAGUGGCGGGGCGGGGUCAUCUAAGUUUCGAGCUGAGAAAGGGGCCUCGUCAAUGGUGGUGGAGGUGAGGCAACACGACGAUUCAAGCAUGGACGUGGUACUUAUAUGCAAUGCGGAUAGGCCCGUCAAGCUCAACGAGGUGAUUACUAUUCUUGAGGAAGAAGGUGCCGAGAUUGUGAACGCUAACCAUUCCAUCGCUGGCCUCAAAAUAUUCUACACCAUACACUCCCGGGUCUUUAGCUCGAGAAUUGGCAUAGAAGUUUCACGGGUUUAUGAAAGACUAAGAGCAUUGGUAUGA